CAUUCUAUAAAAGGCGUAGCUGCUCUUCAUUUUUCUUGUGAAAGAGGGAAAAAUGGGGAUGGUAGAAUUAGCACUAGUGGCUUGCUUUCUUGUGGUAAUUUUGCCAAUGGUUAGUAGCUCUUCUGAAGGUUCCAAAGAAAUUGAUCAAUGGCUUCAAGAGCUCACUCAUGCUAAGCAGAAGGCGACCCAUCUCCAUUUCUACCUCCAUGACACAUUUUCUGGGCGAAACCCAACUGUGGUAGAAGUAGCCCAAUCCAAUAUGACACAUAGCUCGCCAACUCUAUUUGGGCUGAUGAACGUAAUGGACGACCCAUUGACCGAGGGGCCUGAAUCAACAUCGAAGGAGGUGGGGCGGGCUCAGGGGUUCUACGGGUCAUCAGGGCAGAAGGAAAUGGGUCUUCUCAUGGCUAUGAGCUUAGUUUUCACAACUGGGAAGUUCAAUGGCAGCAGUCUCACAAUUCUAGGCAGAAAUCCAGCAAUGGAACCCCAUCGUGAGCUGCCCAUCAUCGGUGGGAGUGGCGUUUUCCGAUUGGCGAGGGGUUUUGCUGCACUGAAAACGUAUUAUUAUAAUGCAAGCAAUGGAGAUGCAAUUGUUGAAUAUAAUGUUGCAGUUAUUCAUUACUGAAAAACAGUGUUUUUCCCGUUAGGCUUCAUCACAUUUCAACCUCUUUGUUUUACAAAAUUUGUGGGGAAUUCGGGUUGGUCAAAUUUGUUGCGUUUGUAUAGUGACUAUUUGGUGACCUAAUUUUGGUUUGUUCACACUUUAUUAAAUAUAUUAAUUAAAGAAUAUUAAAAAUUAAAUUUAAUAUAUUUUAAUAAUAAAAACAUUACAAUAAUAAAAUAGUUUUUUUUCAA